CGGUCACGUGAAAAACCAUGGUGGAUGUCUUUUUAAUUGUCGCGACCGUGGUCGCCAUUGUGAUUCUUUUGAUCAUCGCUUCGUAUCUCUUGGUUCACUACCAACAUCCCGACGACCACAAUGAUGCUUACGUACCAAAGCUGAUCGUUUUACUCGGCUUUGUCUUGGCUGGAGCGACUGUCCUCAUGUUGCCGCUGGAUGUCGCUAACAACGAGGGCUACGCCGGCUACGAUACGGGAUUAUGUGGUGGGCUCAAUAUGGAACUCAUGUGGGAUAUUGUGUUUUGGAUGAUUCCCAUUUGGGUCUUUGUUUUGAUCCCUUUCGCUACCUUCUAUUACGAGGCCGACGAUGGCAUGCUCAUGGCCGGCACCGCCUACGCACCCAAUCCAGUCAGGCAGUCGCGUAUUGGCCAAGCCAUAUGUUAUCAACUGUUCGUUUUUGUCAUUAUCGGUGUCAUUUUUGCCGUCACUUACAUUAGUCUGUCGGACUCGAAAAUUCCUGUCCAAGAAUACGUGGGGCCAGCAUUAGGGAAGGUUAAUCAAGGGUUCACCUACUCCGCGCAAAGAAACGCAACCGACGAUUUGCUUCCUUUCGAUUCCGACGGAUUGCAACCUUGGGGAGACUCGGAUACCACCUACCUAUCAAACGUCGUGGACAACGGCGAGCAGACCCUGGUAUUGCAGGUGUCCUUGAGUACCUUUUAUGCUGGACUCAUGGCGUGGUUGGGCUGGUUCCUGUUUGCCAUUUUUGGAGGUAUCGGCUUGGCGGCACUUCCAUUGGACUUGUACUUGAUGUUCAAAAAUCGACCGCGGCAUAUGGAUGCGGCAGAAUUUGCCGAAGCCCAAUUGUCCCUGCGGGAACGGGUCAACGAAAUGGUAGACAUUGGCGAACUUAUCAAGAUUGAACGGGAACAAAAGGCGCAGGCCGGGCUAACGUCGGCGUUUGCCACCUUCUCGCUAAAUUCGGAUACACGGAAGGCAGCACGCGAUGAAAAUCAAGCUGUUCUGGGUUUCAAACAGGCUGUCUACCUUUUGGAACAGGAUGUGGAGGACUUUCAGAAUGCAACCGUGAAUUACAAGAAGUACAAUGUCCUGAUACCCUACAUUGCUUUGCUGCUGAGCUUGUGUGCCUUUAUUGUCAGUAUAUUCUGGUUCAUUCACGUAAUUGUUUACGUCUUCCCCAGUCCACCGUUGGCCCCAUUUCUGAACAAUUACUUCGAGUGGUUUGACAAGUGGUUUCCGUUAUUUGGGGUAUUGUCGGUCGCACUCUUUGUUUCGUAUUUACUUUUAGCGGCACUUAAAGGCUGCUUCAAAUUUGGCAUCCGUUUCUUGUUCUUUCACAUUCAUCCUAUGAAAGUCGGCAAAACCUACAUGAGUUCCUUUAUGUUCAAUAUUGCCCUGGUCCUAUUGUGCGCCUUGCCCGCGGUUCAGUUUUCGCAGGCGGCCUUUGCCGACUACGCAGCCUUUGCAGAAAUUCGACAAAUCUUUGGCGUACAGAUACAGUUUUUGCAAUUCUUUUCCUUCUUCUGGACGAACAACGUAUUUAUUUACUGCUUCUUAGCCUUCACAGUGCUAACGUCCAUCUAU